UCUUCGUUAGAUUUGUUUUCUUUCCAUUCGAAUGCCAAAGAAUGUGACUGCAAGGAAAGCUGCUUCAUGGUUGAACCCAUAAAAAAGACAAGUGUUAUUUAUUGAAGACACAGCUUUAGGAAGAAGAAGAAGCAAAGAAUCAUUUUAGACCUCAUUAAAAUUCAUUGAUUCUACUACUGAAGACACCAACCCAACUCUUGAAUCCCUCGCCUUGACACAAAUAUAACGCACCUUCUUCUCAUUGCUGUCUCUCUUCUCAGCGAAGCUUUUAAUUUUUAGAGUGUUCUCUUUGUUAUUAGCCCCUGGCCAAUUGGAACGGCGGUUGCGGCCAUGUCCGACGCCGACGUCCAGAGGGGCGCCGCCUCCGCCGGUGGGAAGACCAUGGGACGUGCCGCCUACUCGUACCGAAUCCCGGGUAAUUACCCAUCGCCGUUCUACUAUGACCCCGGAGCCUUGGCGGGGCGGGAGUGGACGUCGUGGAUCGUGCCCACGAUCGUGGUCGCGAACGUCGCCGUGUUCGUGGGCAUUAUGUGCGUCAACGACUGUUCUGGCCACCGGAACCCCUACGGCUCCUGCGUCGCCGGGUUCCUCCGCCGCUUCUCCUUCCAGCCCCUCCGCGAGAACCCCUCCUUGGGGCCCUCGUCUUCGACACUGCAGAAGUUGGGUGCUCUAGAAUGGGAUAAGGCUUCUUCUCUGUUCACUCUGUUGGUCAUCAUCAUGUUCAACUUGGCUGUUGGAAUACUGCCACAUGUUGAUAAUUAUUCCCACAUUGGAGGAUUUUUGACAGGUUUUCUCCUUGGCUCUGUAUUGUUGAUCCAGCCUCAGUUUGGUUGGUUGGAAGGCCACAAUCUGCCUCCUACAGACCGGGUUAAAUCAAAACACAUGGCAUAUCAGUAUAUAUUAUGGGUGAUGUCACUGAUUUUGCUAGGAAUUGGAUUGGUUGUUGGCUUGGUAAUGCUAUUUCGAGGAGUCAAUGGGAAUGGGAAUGAUCAUUGCCACUGGUGUCACUAUUUGAGUUGCGUACCGACAUCUCGGUGGAGCUGCAGAAAUCGAAGAACGAAGAAGUUAGCCACUUGGGUUUUUCUUUUUCUUCAGAACACAUUGGAUAUAUGCGUGCUCGAGUGACAUGUUACAUUCCGCCUACCUGUAGGUUCGCAGCAAGCAGAUUGAGAUAGAUCACUGGGUGUUGGGAGUGAUAGACCACAUGUUUAUACCAUCAUAUGGGAGGUGGAUGUAAUUUUAUGGUCUACAAUUCUUUCAAUAUAUUCCCAUGUGCAUAUUGUCUUGUAUGCGUGUGGAAGCAAGUUCUUACAAUUCUGAUAUCCAGGAAAAUCUAUGAUCAGGUGUUUGACUUCAUAAACAUGCAUUAACAUGCUUACUAUGCCGUCAUAAUACUUAAUAGUCGAAAGAUGAAGAUUAACAUGUUUUUCCUGUCACAAUAUGAUCGAUGAG